AUGAAGAAGGCUGAAGACAACAUCCAAAAGGAUCUUGCGAAGGCCAUGGCAAACGAAGAGAACCGGCUCAAGGAGCAGUCUGCAGCAAACGUAGCUAAGGCCAAAGAGGAGGCUUUGCAGCAGGCCGCGCCCAAAGCUGAGAAGCAGGCUAAGGAAGCCGCGGAGAAGAGGCUUGCCGAUGCCGAGGCCAAACUGCGGACUGCACGGCAACGUCUUGAGGUCAAUGGCGAGGCCAAGGACGUGGAAGUCGAGGAGCCAAAGCCGUCCAAGGCAAGCCGCAAGCGAAAAGGUUCAGAUACUUCAGAAUAUUCCUACUCUGGAGACGAAGCCGAUGGAUGA